CCGCGAAACAGACGCAGAUCCUCGCGCCUGUGAAGCCACGGAGAGCGACAAGUGAGACGCAGCAACGGACAUAGCAGCUAACUGAGGUCAUACCACGAUGGGAAUUCAUGGGCUUGCCAAGCUGAUUGCUGACCAGUCACCUGGUGCCAUCAAAGAACAAGACAUCAAGAGCUACUUUGGCAGAAAAAUUGCCAUAGAUGCCUCCAUGUGCAUGUACCAGUUCCUGAUUGCUGUGCGACAGGACGGAAAUGUUCUGCAGAAUGCAGACGGAGAGACAACAAGUCACCUGAUGGGAAUGUUCUAUCGGACCAUCCGCAUGCUGGAACACGGCAUCAAACCCGUGUACGUGUUUGACGGCAAACCACCACAGCUCAAAUCAGCAGAGUUGGAGAAGAGAGGGGAGAGGAGAGCAGAAGCUGAGAAGUUGCUUGCUCAAGCUCAGGAAAUGGGGGAACAGGAGAAUAUUGAUAAAUUCACUAAACGUCUAGUAAAGGUCACCAAACAGCACAAUGAUGAGUGCAAGCAGCUGCUGACCCUGAUGGGAGUACCGUACAUUGAGGCUCCGUGUGAGGCAGAGGCCAGUUGUGCUGCUCUGGUUAAAGGUGGGAAAGUCUUUGCCACAGCAACAGAGGAUAUGGACGGACUGACGUUUGGGACUAAUAUCCUGCUCCGACACCUCACUGCCAGUGAAGCAAAGAAACUUCCUAUCCAAGAAUUCCACUUCAAUCGUAUCCUGCAAGACAUUGGUCUGACCAAUGAACAGUUCAUAGACCUGUGCAUCCUGCUGGGCUGUGACUACUGUGGCACCAUCAAGGGAAUCGGCCCAAAGAGAGCCAUCGAUCUGAUCCGACAGCACGGCAGCAUCGAGGAGAUCCUCGAGAACAUCGACACCAGCAAGCACCCUGCUCCAGAGGACUGGCUGUACAAGGAGGCCAGGGGGUUGUUUUUAGAGCCAGAAGUGGUCGAUUGUUCUACUGUGGACCUGAAGUGGACUGAGCCAGACGAGGAGGGACUGAUCCAGUUCAUGUGUGACGAGAAACAGUUCAGUGAGGACAGGAUUCGCAAUGGCUGCAAGAAGAUCACAAAGAGUCGACAGGGCAGCACGCAAGGACGUCUGGACUCUUUCUUCUCUGUCACGGGAUCACUCUCCUCCAAACGAAAGGAGCCUGAGGUUAAAGGGUCGGCGAAGAAAAAGCAGAAGACUGGAGCCACAGGGAGCAAGUUUAAGAGAGGCAAAUAGACCAACUAGACAGUCUAAUCCUAUGAUGCUUCGGUAAAAAUUGCAAUUAAAUACAACCACAAAAAAGGAAGUAUAAAAAAAACCAGCUCCUGUUGAGACGGGAAGACGGUGCAGUGCAAAAGUUUGUCAUGUUUAGUUCAGCUUGAUCUGGCAUAUAUGAUAUAGACAUAAUCAUUAUGAUCAUUUUAGUGUUUUCUGUUGUAAAAUAAAAACAAGGAUGUCUUUUUGUAUAA